GACGGUGACUGCCAAGUCAGGAUCUUUAAGCCCAGACCUUGCUCCUGACACAGACCACUUGAUCAUUUGACUCUACACCUACAUCCAAAGCCGGUUCUACCGAUCCCCAGAGGUGAUCCUGGGCCAUCCCUACAACAUGGCCAUUGAUAUGUGGAGCCUGGGCUGCAUCAUGGCCGAGCUGUACACGGGCAGCCCCCUGUUCCCUGGGGAGAACGAGGUGGAGCAGCUAGCCUGCAUCAUGGAGGUGCUGGGCUUGCCACCGACCCACUUCAUCCAGACGGCCUCCGGGAGACAGACGUUCUUUGAUUCCAAAGUUUUUCCUGAAAAUAUAACCAACAAAAGGGGAAAAAAAAGAUACCCGGAUUCCAAGGAUCUCACCAUGGUGCUGAAAACCUACGACACCGGUUUCCUGGACUUUCUGAGAAAGUGUUUGGUCUGGGAGCCUUCUCUUCGCGUGACCCCUGGCCAGGCCUUCAGGCAUGCUUGGAUUCAUGAGCCGCGGAACCUCAAAGCACAGCCCAGGCUUCAGACCUUGAGGAAAGCCAGUCUCUGUUUCCCUUCUGAAGCCAGGAAGGGCAAGGUUCAAGGGCAACAUCACUUGGGCAAACAAGGAACAAUGAUCCUUCAAAUAGAGACUAAAGACAAAAUCAACGAAGGCGCCACUAAACAGGGUCAGAACUCAGGUAGUCAGCAGGGCUCUGUCCAGCACACAGCUGAAGUCCAGCUGCCUCAUCUAGCAGAAGCUUCCGGAAAGCCUGAGGCAGUUGUUGGGCCAGCGGAGUCCAAGGCCUCCACAGGACAACAAAACAAAAACUGCUUCCCCGAGAACACAAACAUUUUACCACCUAUUGUGUGA